CUCCUCCUUCUCUCCCGUUUGAGGCUCGUUCUCCCUCAAGUCAGUCUCUUCCUGUGGGCGGCGAGAGAGAGAGAGAGAGAGAGAAUUGGGCCUUGGAAACCCUAAAAGCCUCUUCACGCUUUUACCUCUUUGCUUAACGGUAAACUCGCAUAGCCGGAUAUCUCUGGAAUCUGUGUUCUCUAGUAGCGAAUCGCAAAAGGAUCUUUUUCCCCUUUUAUCGGGUUUCCAUCUUGGUAGAAUUUCUUCAACCAUCUUAAAAUGUCAAUGUGCGAUGAACCGCUUAUCGCGGCUGAAGAUACAAUGGCAAAAGAGUAUGUUAAAUCCUGAAACUUCUACCAAGUGGCAGACAUCACUUGCGUCUACUGUCUUGAUAAGUCAGACGAGGAUAGCUAGUAAGCUGAGCUGAAAUGAAGACCUCACAGGAAGGGAAUUUUAUACAGGAUCCUCAGUGUACAACAGAAGUACAACCAUCAUCAGAAGCUUCACAUGUUUUACAAGGUGACCAUCAAAACUCCCCGGUUGUUGAAACUCCUAAGGUAGAUUCAGGUUCGGUGUCCAUUGCAAGCAGUAAUACUAGGAAGGUUUCUCGUGACGACAUUGAACUUGUGCAGAACUUGAUAGAACGAUGUCUACAAUUGUAUAUGAAUAGAGGGGAGGUGGUUCAGACUCUCUCUAACCGUGCUAGGAUAGAACCUGGUUUCACAACACUAGUAUGGCAGAAACUGGAAGAAGAAAACUCGGAAUUUUUUAGAGCUUAUUAUAUAAGGUUGAAACUGAAGAAACAGAUCAUUUUGUUCAAUCAUUUGCUGGAGCACCAGUACCAUCUGAUGAAGUAUCCCAUCCAGCCUAAGGUUCCAUUGCCUCCAAUUCAAAAUGGGAUUCACCCUGUGCCUGUUAGUUUGCCCAUGGGGUAUCCGAUUCUUCCACAGCACCUAAUGCCCGCUACAGGUCAGCCUCAUGUUGACCCCAUGGGUUGUGGACUCUCCAGCUGUCAUGUGGUCAAUGGUAUUCCUGCUCCAGGCAGCUUUCAUCCCAUUCGCAUGAAUUCUGGAACCAAUGGCACAACUGAAGCAGCUCAUACAGCCCCUCCAGCCAUUUCAUCUAUGUCAGAGAUGGCUGUGAGUCCUGCUUCGGCGGCGUCAAGCAAUCAUUUUCCUUUUUCUUCUGAGAUAUCUGGGAUAGGUUUGGAUGUGACAGCACUUGAUACAACCUUCCCACCUGAUGUGGUGAAUUCGGGAGGACUGCAAUUAGGUUCCGAUGGUGUGGGAACUUCAAGAGACUCAAUCAGAUCAUCAGGACAGCUUUGGAAUUUCAGUCUUUCAGACCUAACAGCAGAUUUAACAAAUUUAGGAGAUCUUGGAGUUCUGGGAGACUACGAUGGUUCUCCUUUCUUGCCAUCAGACUCGGAUAUUUUGCUCGACUCCCCAGAACCGGACGAUAUAGUUGAAGAAUACUUUGCCGAUGUCGCCACUGGAUCAUGCCCUCAUCAAUCAGAUGAAGAGAAAUCUUAGAGACACCAGCGAAGCCAAAUUUUUGCAUCUGCACUCCAUUGGUAGACUGUACGAGCAAUAUGCUGCGUCUCCAAAUAUCACAAGUUAAUAAAGCUGUUGUGUCAUUUACAGCAGUCAGAGAUGUGAGUAGCUGAUGAGGGCUGGUCCCAUUUACUGCUGAUUGAAAUUUAAGACAGAAUAUUAUUCAUAUUUGGUAGAUUGUUUAUGCUACAACAUUAAAAAAAAACAAAACUGCAGUGUGAGGGGCAGUUUUGUUGCCAGCUUUAGUUAUUUGGCAGCAUUGGCAAUUUGCAUGAGUGACCAAGCUGACAUAUGAUUCUGGAUUUAGUCAACUGAAAGCUACAGCUUUAACAGUGUAGGAGCUGCUGCUUGGCUUGGCUCUAACUGUGCUGCAUUUGGCAUUUCUACAAGCUAAAAGUAAUAAUCUUUUCCA